AAGAGAAAUCAAAAAGGAAGAGACAUGGAAGAGAUAUAGAGACGGGGUGAACAACUGAGAAAGGAAGAAAGAGAAAUGUAAAGGAGGCAGAAGACUCUCUGUUGAUGAGAUAGACCAACAAGAGAGAGAGAGAGAGAGAGAGAGAGAGAGAGAGAGAGAGAAUGGGGAUAAGGGAAAGAAAUAACGAAAUGGAGAGCCAUGAAAGACAGAGAGGGUGGUGGGAGGAGUAAGGAGUAAAGGAGAGAGAGAGAGAGAGAGAGAGAGAGAGAUGAUCACAUCUCUAACUCUCUGUCCCUCUAUUGUGUGUUGCGGUUCUCCACCCGGACACACAGCACGCGCGCAGCUCCGGGAUUCUCUCUUUUUCUCUUCUUUCAACUUCAACGGUUUUUGGUUUCCGUGUUCAACCUGGGAGUGUGUGUGUGUGUGUGUGUGUGUGUGUGUGUGUGUGUAAACACACAUCGCUGCUUCUAUUCAUCCUCAGCCUCACCAUCAUCAUCAUCAUCACGAGCGCACGUGAUCACCGGUGUCUUUGAUGUUACCUACAGAAGGUUCGGGAGGAGUGUGUUUCACCGUCAGUCAGCACUCAGAAGGAGGCCCGAACAGUAUGAAAACAGAGGAAAACCAGUCAUGUCUGCAGCAGGCUCCGUCUUCCACACCUUUUGAGCAUGUGGGCGGAGGUGAGGUGUGUGCCGGGUGUGAGUCGCCCAUUGCGGACCGUUUCCUGCUGCGUGUGAACGAUCAGUCGUGGCACGAGACGUGUGUGAAGUGCGCCGUGUGUCUGAGCACGCUCAGUGGGACGUGUUACUCUCGAGACCGGCUGCUCUACUGCAAACACGACUACGAGAAGCUGUUUGUGCGAAAGUGCAGCGCGUGUCUGCAGGUGAUCGGCCGCUCGGAGCUGAUCAUGCGUGUGCUGGGGCAGGUGUAUCACCUGGGCUGCUUCAGCUGCUGCGAGUGCGAGCGCCGGCUCCAGAGGGGUGACGAGUUUGUCCUGAAAGAAGGCCAGCUGCUCUGCCGUGGAGAUUAUGAGAAGGAGAGAGAGAUGCUUGCUGCCAUCAGCCCCGCACCUACUGAGUCAGUUAAGAGCGAGGAUGAAGAAGGUGGCAGCAGCUCCAUGGGAGGAAAAGCCGGCGAUGACAGUAAAGAGCACAAGAGGUCCAAGCGACCACGCACCAUCUUAACCACACAGCAGCGCCGCGCCUUCAAGGCGUCCUUCGAAGUGUCCUCCAAACCCUGCCGAAAAGUCAGAGAGACCUUAGCAGCCGAAACCGGGCUGACGGUCCGAGUCGUCCAGGUUUGGUUCCAGAACCAGAGAGCGAAGAUGAAGAAGAUCGCUCGCAGGCAGCAGCAGCAACAGCAGCAGCAGGAGCAGGAGCAGAUCGGUGGCAGCAGGAGGGGCCCGAGCAGAGGAGGACGUCUGAGUAACGAUGACAGCGAGGACGGAUCGAGCAGUCAUGGGUUAGACGGCAUGCUCUCGUACUCCUCCAUGCCGCGACAGCAGCUUCUGGCUCUCGACCCAAACCUGUACGGGGGCGAGCAGUUCCGGCACGGCCUCACGCCCCCGCAGCUCGGCCAUGAGCAGAUGCACCCGUACGACUCAGAAACCGUUUUCCACGACUUGGACAGCGACGGAAGCCUGGGCCACCUCGGCGAUUGUCUCUUGGCGACGGCGGAGGGAGGGGUGUUGGCAGGACGCGUGGGAAAUCCCAUUGACCGCCUGUAUUCGAUGCAAAACUCUUACUUCACCUCGUGACCCCUCUUCACCUCCGACCCCAGACAAACUCCACCACUGUCUACAAGAGAAACUGCAAACAAACAGACAAAAUCCUCACUCCUAGCCCAGGGUGUUUGUCCGACUAAUCCUGCCGGGCCUUUCAUCCAUCCCCGCUCUCGCACUCGAGCUUACGUCAGUCAGCUGACAUCCUGUAGAGAAAUAAACCCAAACACUUAUAUAAUGAUCUAAAUAGCAAACAGGAAACGAUGUGAUUUCGGGUCUGACUAGGAGUAACUGCAGCCUCGUGGCUUAUCGGAUAUUGAUAAAAGCAUCAGACACACACAUUCACAUUUACGUCAUAGGCAUGCUGUGGAUUCCAAUAGGCAGCUGGUCACCAACGUUUUACCUCAUCGUCUGUCUGAGACACAAUCCAUUCACAAAUCCAUCGAUUUAAAAAAAAAGGAAAAAAAAACAACAUAAGAACAAUAGGAAAUAGGAAGCCGUGCAUCUCUAGGCUUAUAUAGAACGCAUCACUUUAGUAACCACAUGACGUUUUGGAAUCGAGUGCAAAAGUUUGUACACCCUCCGGCCCAAAGGAAGGAACAGCAAUAAAACAAGUUGCUGGUUUGUCUCACUUCUCACGCGUGCCCCCGUGCUGUGGUCUUUUCCAGCUUUUACAAGUCUCAUAUUCCUCUAUAAUUUAUACCUUUCGUAUUUACAUGAUUUAUAAAAUAUUGGUGGGGCGAUAGCGGGUAAACCAUAAUUUUUAUUUGUAUGGCACUUUUAACAAUGGACAUUGUCUCAAAGCAACUUCACUCAGAUAAUGUGAUGAUAAAAAUUAAUAUGUUCUUUAUAAGUUUGUCCCUGUGGCAAGAAAAAACU